AUGCCUCCCCGCUCAGAAAGUGCUCUCCCGAACAUGCCUGCUACCGCUUCCACCAAACCCGCCACUCCUCCACGCGCCGCCAACCGGAAAGUCUACAAUACGCUCGAGCUAAGGCAGCACAUACUCUCCUAUGUCGACCUUCCUUCCCUGGCGGUAUUCAUGAGGGUUGAGACGGGAUGUAUGGCCGAUGUCGCUCGGGAGCUGUACCGGACAAUGGCGCUCGACCUCUUCAUCAGAAUGAAGGGUCAAACACACCGACACAAGAUAUACUUUGCUGCGGUAAACACGGUCGACGCUCGAAACAACAUGCCAUACUGGCUGACGAAGACUGUCUCGCGAACACUUCACUCUCUCAUUGCGCCGAUCCGGAACGAACUCUUCGCAUACCAGCCUCACUACUGUAAUGUACUCGUCGAAGCCCUUCGGAAGCGAUGCCCGAACCUCCGUACCAUGAAGUUCGGCCGAGGACGAUGUGGAUUCGGAGAUACCAUGCGAUUCGGAUUUCGUAUCGACGAAUACGAGUAUUGCUUCGCAUGGACCGCUCAAUUCGAUCCCAGCGAUCCGCAGCGGGCUGCAAGCAACCCCAUCACCUUCUAUCGGAACGUACACUACUACACAUCUUCGUCCCCUCCCAAGUCUGUACAGUGCCCGCCACCCCCUACCUCUCGCUACGUGGCUCGGAUCCGGUUCGACCUGAAGCUCACCCUGGUCGAUACUCCGCGAACGGACGACUGGCUCGCCUCGCUUCGGGACAGCCCUCUGUGGGCAGACCUGCACACGCAUAUCUCGCUAGACGGGACCCCAGUCACACUUGAGGACCUCGCGUCCUUGUACCGCCGACAAAUUUCGGCCGGCCACUCGGCGCGACUGGAAGACAUCUUCGCGCCCUGCGCUCGACCCUGGACCGCCUACGAUUUCGAGGACUUCGCACGCAUCGCCUCUACGUCUCUGCGGUCACUCAAUCUGUACGAUGAAUGGGCGAAAGGCGGACAAGACACCCCCCGGAUCGCCUUUCGCGACCUGCCUUUUCUGACCGAGAUGGUGCUGCAGCACCUACCGAACUUGGCAACCCUCUCGAUAGCUGUAACGGGGAUCGACACCGCGGAGGCAGUCUUCGGAGAGUUGCUCCAUCCCGACAUCCUCGCCCGGGCCGGCAGCCUGCGAGAUCUUCGUAUCUACUCGGAGAAACCACCCCACCCCAUCCCAUUCUACAAUACGCUCCGCUAUCUGAUGGGGAUGACGGCCCGGGAUGGCGGCGUGCUAGUCUUGCAUCCUCACGCAAGAGUGACCGACUUUCCCAGCCCCCAGAGAGCUUAUGUGGACUACCUACAGGGACGACCACCCCUGCAGCAGAAGUCGCUUGCUACGAUCGACUUUGCCACAAUCGGGAUCACUACCCUUGCCCAGGUCUUAGACCUCGAAUAUCAUCCGGACGGCCGGCCCCGGUACAUCUGGACCAGCAAGCCCAUCAAAUGGUCGAAGCUCAUCAAGCUCGCGCAGCAUCACCCGAAAGCGAAGCGGGAACGACCGCUCCGGUUCCACUUGGCCGACUGCCUCGUCAUCUGCCGCUGGCUCGAAGCGCUCGCCACCAAGGCCGCCCUACCGGAGAUCCUGGCGAAGGUCAAGGAGUUGGCGGAGUUAGUGGGUCAGUAUCCUCAGGUCAAGAGAUGGGGAUAUACCCUACUCUUUGACGAUGAGUUCCGAAAGGAUUUGAAGGAAAGUCAGGGGAUCCUGGAGGGGCAGGUCAGAGGUGGGGCGGCGGUGUAA